AUAAAACACUAUUGUAAAGCCCUGUACUGCCUGCAUACAGAAACACUACACAGAAAACGAGCUAAGUUGUACAUUAUUACACUGUGGAUAACCCGGGCUUUUACAGAGGAAAUGUCUCUCCAGAAUGCAUUUGACGAGGCUGCAGAGACUGUGAAAAAGCUUAAGGCCAGACCAGACGAUGAUGAGCUUCGAGAACUGUAUGGUCUCUACAAGCAAGUAACUGUUGGUGAUAUUAACAUUGGAUGCCCUGGAAUGCUAGACCUGAAAGGAAAAGCCAAGUGGGAGGCCUGGAAUUCAAAGAAAGGAAUGUCAAGAGAAGAUGCCAUGAAUGCAUACAUUUCUAAAGCAAAUGAGAUGAAAGAAAAGUAUGGGAUCUAAAACUACUGCAGCGUGACAGGAAUAAUGUAAACACUCGUCAGUAACAUUACAAAACAGCAUAUGAGUAUGAAAGAUUAAGUUACUUGAGUUGCUGUGGUGACACAAAAAUGUAGUAAGCAAAACAUUAAUUGUUGCUCAGUGUUUUGCAGAAUUACAAGUAUAUUUGGUUUGCUGUAAUCAACUAGACAACUUCCUUGUUCAAUAUGUAAUAUUUACUGCAAAUAACAGCAUUAAUAAAAUAUGUUAUUUAUCA